AUGUUAGAAGUUCCUGGUUCUACUUUAGAUGAUGGCUUGUAUCUCUUUAAUUUUACAGUGAAAUUAAUCACAGUGGAUACUUUGGAGAGUGUAGAAGGCUCUGAUUCUGUGUUUGUCCAGAUUGGGUCUGGUAGUCUUGUGGCCGUCAUUACUGGAGGCAAUUUCCGGACAGUUGGAUUUUCGGAUCAAUGGACCCUAGAUGGAUCCUCUUCCUAUGAUGGUGAUCCUGCCUUUCCUUCUGAAAGACUCACGUUUACUUGGUACUGCACCAAGCAAAAAUCAGACUAUGUAUCUAUGACGCUAAGUCUGAAGGGAAAAUGUCGCCCAGAUCAGGAGGGCUUGAAAUGGACAACAUCCUUGGAUGCAGUUCAAACAGUGCCGCCUGAAGCACUUCAAGAAAAUUCUGUUUAUUAUUUUUGCCUUGUGGUUCAAAAGGGUGACAGGAUAGCUCGGGAAGAACAAACGGUCCGUGUACAGCCAAGCUCUGUGCCAGCUCUGAACAUCACAUGCAUUGAAAAUUGUGGCAGGUCCGUCACUCCCACUGAAAGAUUUUGUCUCUCUGGCAAGUGCACAAACUGUAAGAAACUGAGCAAACCACUCUAUCACUGGUCACUUCUCAUGGCAAAUUUCACUGAGGUAAAUUUUGAUUGGGAUGCCAAGUCUACAACCGGAAGGUCCAGUCCUUACAUAUGUAUAAAAUCACUGAGUUUUGUAAAUAUGACAGAAGAGACAUACAUUCUUACUCUAAAAGCAAGCAUCUGGAGAUACCAGACAUCCGUUUAUAGCUAUUUAUUUUUUGUAAAUUCUCCACCUCAGAUUGGAAAGUGCUUGCUUAAGCCUACCACAGGGAUUGCAUUUCUAACAAAAUUUGUUGUUCGUUGUAGUGGGUUUAAAGAUAAACAUUUGCCUCUUACAUAUAAAAUCAGAGCAGCAUCACACACCCUAACAAUUACCAGAAAGUCUUCUACAGAAAACAGCAACCUGGGGACAAUUGUGUAUUCUGGUUAUCAGCCUAAAAUUCCACCAUCUUUGUUACCCAUUGGCAUCCCCUCUAAGCAAUAUGCCUUGCCAAUCUAUAUUGAGGUAUAUGAUGCCCUUGGAGCAUUUUCCCAAUUAACCUUACAGGCAAAGGUACACGGUCCAUUCAAGGGUAAGCAAACAGAGGUUACUCUAAAUGAAUUACAUAAUUUUUCCAGUGGACCAAAGGCUCCAAUAACACAUUUUCUUGAAAGUGGGGAUUACUUUAAUGCGGGAUAUUUCAUCUACAUGGUGGCUUCUGCUUUAAAUAACAUUGAAGCGCUGAAAAGAUUUCACUCCUCUAAGACUAAACUACGGGAAAUCCUUCUGAACAGGUUUGCAGGAAUCCCUGCAAAAGGUGUAAUGGAACUAAACCAAAUGGUCUCAGGAAUUUCUCAAAUAACUCAGGAAGUCACGGAAGUAAAUAGGAAAUCACAACUCCUUGCAGUCAGAAAGCUCAAAGAACUGAGUGAAGAAUUGAAAAGGUACAGAGAUAAAAACAUAGGCUCUAAGGAGACAGAAGUUCUCAGCACCGGUAUUUUUGAAGGGCUGUCUAAUAUCCUGAAAGCCUCUCUGUUAGACAUCAGAAAUGUCCAUAGAAAUGGAGUGGAAGAAACUCUCUCUGCCGCUGAAAUUUUAGCAGAACUCGUCUUACAAGGUAAAGUUCCUGGAGAAAAUGAAACUCUUAUAGAAACCAGUGAUUGGACCAUCACCAUUAGGAAAGAUGAAAAAUGGGAUGUUUCUGGUACUUUCUCUAACAGAGAAGUCUGUAAGAAUUGCUUUUAUUCUAAAAUCAAGCCAGAGAGUCAUGAUGAGUUGCCAUCAGAUGCUGCAAUCUCCACUGUUCUUUUUGAGUUUCGUAGAAACCCCUUCUCCUGGUUGUCCCUUUCAGAAGAUAUGAGCACAAUGGUGACUGGAUUCAAAAUGACAGGAACCAGAUCUAAUGGUGACACAGUGGGGAUCAUACCUGAAGUAGCUGAAAUGAUCAUGCCUAGAAAAGACAAGGGCCCCGCCAUCUUUGAGCUGAAGAUUGGACACGGCAGAGGAUGCCACAAAACGACUGGAGGCUUUAGUUUUGAAGUACCUAGGAACUCCAAAGACGUUUUCAUCCAGAUUGUGACCGAACUGAAGUUUACUUUCCAAAUGUUUGUUUAUCUAGACCUCAAUACCAGCCAUCCUCCUGUUGCAUCUUUCAGUGUUUCCCAUAACAAGAACACAGUAACGAGAGGAACAAAGUCUAAGGGCCAUGACUGUGCAGCUCAAGCCCCUUAUAUAUUUUGUCUCUCCCGCUCUUUGCUCAGAUCCAUUUUCCAAGGUAACAGUGCAGAAAAAUGGAACGUCUCUAUUGUUUUACAAUCAGAUCCAUUCAAGUGGGACCCAAGCGUUCAGGCCAUUGGUAUCCGGCUUUUUACUGCCGACUGCUUAUCCCUAGAUGGAAUCCAGGGUCAAUGGAAAAAAGAUGUCUGCAGCCUUGGCUCUCAGACGAGCUGGGAGAAGUUACAUUGCAUCUGCACAGCCAAAAAAAGGACUCCAAGGACAGCAAGUCCUCAACCAGGAAGAACGUCCAAAAACAACAUAAGGUUUUUGGCUGGCAAAAUCAAUGUGUACCCUGAUCCGGUAGAUAUGAAGGAAGUCUUGUUGGUACAAACCAACAACAAUCCAGUAACGACGGUGACAGUACUUUUCAUUUUUGUCAUAUACAUUUGCUUGGCUUUUUGGACAACAAGGAAAGACAGGGCUGAUAUGGAAAGCAGGGAUCGUGUCAUAGUCUUAUCAGACAAUGAUCCCUACGACCAAGUAUGCUACUUCGUCACAGUACAUACGGGGAGUCGCUUCGGAGCAGGAACCACAGCCGACGUUUUCAUUCAGCUGAUAGGCCACCGGGGUGCUAGUGAUAUACAUUGCUUAAGACACCCUGAAUACCCAACUCUUGCGCGUGGAGCCGUCAACACUUUUCUCCUGAGUAGUAAGAAUGACCUUGGAGACAUUUAUUCCUUUCGCACUUGGCACAAUAAUAGAGGUUCAUCUCCUAACUGGUUCUUGAGCAGAAUCAAAGUGCAAAAUGUGCUUACCAAACAAUCUUGGAUGUUCAUGUGCCAAAAAUGGUUUGCGCUCAAUAAGGAUGAUGGUCUAAUAGAGAGGUCCUUUGUCGUUACUCAUCCAACCACACCUUUAAGCAAAGUGGAUUUCUUCUUGAUAAAUCUCACCUAUGAGUUGGGAGAGACCCACUUAUGGCUUUCUGUUUUUGCUCACAGCAACAUCGGUUCUUUUAACAGGCUUCAUAGAUUGUCUUCUUGCUUAGCAAUACUGUUGUGCAUCCUGUUCUUUAACAUUAUGUUCUUCGACGCUGACAAGGACGAACUAGUGGUUUCUGAACAGCCAUGGUAUCUGAGGUCUCUACUGACGGGAAUUCAAAGUGCCUUCAUUUCCUUCCCUUUGCAGAUGUUUAUAACUGCUUUGUUCAAGUACACCCAGCGGGAGCCUUUGCCACAGGAGCCAUCUAAUACUCAGCCUAAAAAAUAUUCUGCUCCCAUGUCUAGAAAUCUUAGGAACUGGAAAGAGGGUUUGCAGAAAUGGUGCGUUGCAGAAAUGGCUCCAAAAUGUCUAGGCUAUCAUUUCCAAAAGGACCCUUCCAGUGCUCCAGAUUCACGCAGUCUGGAACAGCGGAGCAGAAAAAGAUGGGGGCAGGUGGCAAAAAAAACGAGUAACUGUACCAUUUCUGAAGGGGAUGCAAACAGAAUUGCAACGGAAGAGGACGUGGUUCGUGAGGCCAAUGCCACCAACAAUUUGAAUAGUAGAAAUGAGAAGAAAGGUCCGUAUCCUCAGACAAAACCGCUAAAUAGUCUCAUCAUGAUCCUUCAUAAAAGCCCACAAAUAAUAAUUUCCUGGUGGUAUAUGUAUGUUUUGUGGGUGUUGGUCUUGGCCACUUUGACAGUAUCAUCAUUUUUUAUCAUAUUUUAUGGUCUGUCCUAUGACUAUGAAACGUCCUUUGAGUGGCUUGUGGCAUCUAGCAUCUCAUUUUGUGCGAGUGUGUUUUUGCUUCAGACCUUGAAUGUUGGUUUUUUCCCAACCCUGAGGACUGUCUAUCCAAAAUUCUGUGAAGACAUCCCAUGGUCCAGCAGAGAGACCUACUUAGAGAUUAAACUAGACAAUAUCACGAUGGAUGCUGAUGAGAUGCGAGAGUUACAUUACAACCUAGUCAGACUUCGAGGAACCAAGCAAUACCAUCCCUUGGAAGAGGAGGAAAUCACUCUUUUUAAGAAAAAGCAGAAGAUUCAAAGGCAAGCUUUUGUUUUCAUAAAGGAUGUCAUAUGUCACUUCAUCUUUCUAAUUCUUAUUUUAAACAUUGCCUGCUCGAUAGAAAACAGCACUAGUUUUUACUACAAUCAAGAUAUUCAUACCAAAUUCUCUCGGGGGCUCGAUGAUAUAAGCAAGUUAGAGCACGUUUACACUUGGCUGAAGAAUGUCUUUCUACACUUGAUCCACAACAUAGACCACCCAACUUAUCUUUCAAAGUCCUGGUCCAAAAUCCUGGGGUUGCCCAGGAUGCGACAAAUAAGAGCAAAAAACACGUCAAAGGAAUGCUUUCACUCACGCAGUUUGGUAAAUAGAUUUCUGAUUAGAAACAGCCAUUGCCUUCACAAGUAUGGACAAGACCCAGAAGAUCGACAAGAUCACCUUGGGCUGUGGACAGAUUUUGCCAAUAGAUCAGAUUCCAACCUUUUUAGCAAUUUUUCAGGCUACACUUACUAUUCAGUCACUGAUCAAUGGAGAUAUGCUUCAUAUGGAGAAAUGAAUACUUAUGGAGCAGGAGGGUAUACUUUUCAUUUCUAUCCAGAAGAACGACAGACCAAUUCUACAAAAAGAAUUGCUUUUUUAGAACAGAGAAGGUGGCUGGAUGAAAAUACCUGGGCAUUAAUAGUUGAGCUGACAACUUUUAAUUCAGAUGCAGAUUUAUUUUGCAGUAUCUCAGUUGUUUUUGAGAUGUCUGGCUUAGGCCCUGUUAACACAAGCUUGUCAAUCCAUUCAUACAGACUCCCAGUUUUCCAGAAGCUAAGCAACACACAAAAGUUGGUGUACAUUAUUGUUGCUUAUAUGCUGGUCUUUUAUAUCAUUGAUGAAGUUUGCAUGGUGGAGCAACAGAGACUAAAAUACGUCAGAAAUAUUUCUAACUUAAUUAACUUCGGGAUAAAGACAGUCUGUCUGUUUUUCCUUUUGUACCUUUCCUUCAAAUUUAAGCUGGCUUCUAGCUUAAUAGAGCUUUACUUACAUCAUCCAAAUGAAUUCAUUCCAUUCCAUAAAGUUUCCCACGUCGAUCAAACAAUAAGGGUUACCCUGGGUUUUUUGAUCUUUCUUAUCAUUUUGAAAACUCUGCGAUAUUCUCGAUUCUUUUACGAUGUGCGCCUGGCUCAGCGCUCCAUGUUAGCCGCCCUCCCUGGAAUCUGCUCCAUGGCGCUGGUGGUGGCCGUGUACUUUUUUGUCUACAUGGCCUUUGGCUACCUGGUAUUUGGCCAAUAUGAAUGGAACUACCAUACUAUGAUUCAUUCUGCUCAGACGGUAUUCGCGUACUGUGUUUCAGCUUUUAAAGACACGGCCUUUUCAUCCAAUAGGGUGCUCGGAAGUCUCUUCCUGUCUUCGUUUAUGAUGGUCAUGAUCUGCGUGCUGAUCAAUUUAUUUCAAGCGGUGAUCAUGUCCUCCUAUGAGGACAUGAAGCAACCGGUCUACGAAGAGCCUUCCGAUGAAGCGGAAGUGGUCAAAUUUCUGUGUCACAAGAUCCGCAGGAUGUGGUUUAUUGUGACCUGCAGGACACCACCUGAAAGCGAUGCAGAACUUUUCAUCCGAGUCCUCUAUGGUCAUUCUGAAAGGAGAAACUCACGUCACCUGGGACUCAAAGCCAGGAAAAUAAAUGGCCGGAAAAUGGUUUACCUUGUUGUUUGA